AUGGCUGAAAAUCAACCACGCCAGCAGCCCCAGUCUCAGCCCUCUCGUCAGGUGGUCAAAACCACCACUGCCGUCACCGUUGGUGGCUCCCUCAUGGUUUUCUCCGCCUUGACUCUGGCGGCCACCACGGUCCUUCUCGCGUUGGUCACUCCGUUGCUGGUUAUAUUCAGCCCGGUGCUUGUCCCCGCGGCAAUCACUCUAUUUCUGAUCAUUGCAGGGUUUUUAACUUCUGGCGGGUUUGGUGCCACUGCUACGUUUUUGCUGUACUGGGCGUACCAGUACGCUACCGGAAAACGCCCGAUUGGGUCGGAGCAGAUCGAUCGUGCCCGUGCAAGGAUCGCGGAAGUGACGAAGGAGGUGAAAGAGAAGGCUCAGCAACUUGGGCAGCAACAGUGA